AUGGAAGCGAAAGGAAACUCUGAAAUUGUGUCUGCUCAGUCUAAUGAUCAGUCCCCAAUUUCUAACGAGAAAAUUGAAUCUAAGGGAAGUGUAUCCACGUAUUCAAAUUCUAUCCACAGUGGAUUUGAUUCUAGUGAAAACGAAACACCAGCGCUUGAGAAAGCUGGUGUACAUAAUGCUGAAAUUUAUUGCAAGUAUUACUCCCAUCCAUUUAAAAGAGUGCUCAUAUUCUUCUCAUUAUUUUUAAUUGCAUUUGCCUAUGGUUUAGAUAAUUCGGUAAGAUCAACUUAUCAAACAUUAGCAACCUCUUCAUAUUCACAACAUUCGUUAUUAUCAACGGUUACAUGUAUUAAAAAAGUUGUGUCCGCUGCUGCACAAAUUUGGUUUGCAAGAUCUGCUGAUAUGUUUGGUAGAACCACAAUUCUUCUUAUCUCUAUUGUACUAUACGUCGUAGGUACAAUUAUCGAAUCUCAGGCAUACGACGUGUCAAGGUAUGCUGCAGGUGCUAUCAUCUUCGCCAUCGGACAUUCUGGUAUAGUUAUGGUUUCUGAAUUGUAUGUUGCUGAUUUUUCAAAUCUAAAUUGGAGAGUAACUGCUGCUGCAGCUCAAGUUCUACCUAAUGUCAUAACUACGUGGAUUAGUGGUAACAUUACAGGCUCCAUUGAUGAAAGAUGGUCAUGGGGUAUUGGUAUGUGGGCUUUCAUCUUUCCAUUAUCAUGUAUUCCGCUGUUGAUUUGUAUAAUGCACAUGAAAUAUUUAGCCAAAAAGAAUAACGAAGAUAUCUGGAUCGCUUUUAGAAAACCAAAAAAUAUGAGUUGGUCUGAAUUUUGUAUUGACAUUUUCUUCUGGAAAUUAGAUAUUGUUGGCCUUGUACUAUUAGUUGCCAUUUUUGGUAUGAUUCUUAUCCCAUUUACGUUAGCAGGUGGUGUAAAUGAAAAAUGGAAGAGUGCUUCAAUUAUCGUACCAGAAGUAUUAGGCUGGGUUCUUGCUAUCCCACUAUACGCCAUUUGGGAACUUAAAUUUUCAAGGUAUCCUAUUACUCCAUGGAAUGUUGUCAAAGAUAGAGGCAUUUGGGCUCCAUUGGUGAUUUCUUUAUUCCAAGAAUUUGCUUAUUACAUGCAAAGUACUUAUAUGAUUACUGUGCUUUAUGUUGCUGUUAACCAAACAAAGGCAGCUACUGCCAGAAUAAACAAAUUAUUCUCAUUUGUUGGUGUUUUAACUGCUUUCAUCUUUGGUUUCGUCGUUGCGAAGAUAAGAAGAACAAAAGAAAUUAUUGUUUUUGGUAUCGGUGUUUGGUUCAUCGGCUUUGGCUUACUUGAAAAAUAUACAGGUGGCCUUGAAGCUAGAGUUGGUAUCAUUGCAGCAAUCUGUGUUCUUGGUUUUGGUAAUGGGUUUAUCAAGUUCCCUGUCAGAGCAUCCAUCCAAGCUUCUGCUUAUACUCAUGAAAUGAUGGGUGUUGCAACAUCGUUGUUUUUAAGUGUAGCCAGUAUUGGUAGUGCAUUCGGUUCAGCGGUGGCUGGUUCUAUAUGGUCCAAUAUUCUACCUGGAGAGAUUAACAAACGUAUUACAACCAAUUCUACUUUAGCAGCAUAUGCUUAUAGUUCGCCAACUAAAUUUAUAAAGCAAUAUACUUGGGAAACAACAGAAAGACAAGGCGUUGUACAAGCCUAUAAGUAUGUAGAAAAGAUAUUGAAUAUUGUCGCAUUGUGCCUUUUAGUUCCUAUGUUAAUUGCUUCAAUAUUCUUAAGGAAUAGGAGAUUAGAAGAUGCAAUUUCCUUUGACAAAUAUGAUAAGGAACAACAGAAACUAGAAAAAUAA